AAAACUUAUUUUUAAGCUAAGAGUUAGAUUGUCCAUACUCACAGAUUGCAACUCUCUCUCUGUUCAUCCAUAAGUCCAAUUAUCAAACACAAUUUGGCAUUUUCAAGAGAAGAUUGCGAGCAAAUCAAUCUUUUCGACGAGGUCGGAAAAUUGGAUCUUCCAAAAAUUGUAGGUUUGUGCUUAAAAAUUAUUCAAAGCAUGGUUGAAUUUGUCAUUCUGCUUGAAUAUUUCUUUGUCUUAACUCUUACUGCCAGUAAUAUGGUGUAACAUGAGAAAUAUCAAGCUCAUCAAAAUUAGGUCUUUUUAUGUGCCAAAAUCCCAAUUUUUCAGCUCAAUUACUGCACCAGAAUCUGUCUAUUCUUCGAAUUCAAAUUCAAUUAUUUUGUCAACUGCUCUUCAACACUAUAUUAAUUCAGAUUCACCUUCACAUGGAUUGAAAAUUCAUACCCAUAUUCUGAAAACUGGGUAUGAAUUUAAUAAGAAUAUUACUAUAAAACUCAUUAUACUUCAUGUGAAAUCUGGGUUUGUAAAGUAUGCACGGAAGUUGCUCGACGAAAUGCUUGACCCAUCUUUAACUGCUUAUAAUUAUGUGAUUAAUGCUUAUGUGAAGCGUGGGCAAGUUGUAGAAACAUUUGACUUGGUUCGUCGUAUGUGCAAAUCUUAUGUAAAGCCUGAUAGUUUUACUCAUUCAUUGAUCUUGAAAGCGUGGGGUUCGAUACCGGCUCCCUUGUUUUUGAGGUGUGAUAUAGGAAGACAGGUGCAUUCUCGGAUUAUAAGAUAUGAUGGUGUAGAAGAUGUUGUUCUUUUUGCGACUUUGAUUGAUGUUUAUGCUAAAUCUAGAAGGCUUGGUUAUGCUCGGCGUGUGUUUGAUUCUAUGUCGGUAAAGAAUGCCAUAUGUUCUACUUCAUUGAUCUUUGGUUAUUUGAAUAGAGGUUACAUAGAUCAGGCUGAGUUGCUGUUUAAGGAGAUGGUUGAGAAAGAUGUUGUGGUUUUUAAUGCUAUGAUUGAAGGUUAUAGUAAAUCUGUUCAUACGGUGAAGAAGUCGCUUGAAAUGUUUAUUGAGAUGAAAAGACUGAGUUAUUUACCUACAUUUUCCACCUUUGUGAGUCUUAUUGGAGCAUGUUCUUUGUUGACUUCGGUUGAAAUUGGUCAACAAGUACAGAGUCACCUAGUGAAGACCAAGUAUUUUGCCGAUGUGAAGAUUGGGAGUGCUUUUAUAGAUAUGUACUCAAAAUGUGGGAGAACGGAUGAUGCUCGUCGAAUAUUUGAUUACAUGUCUGAAAAAAAUGUAUUUUCUUGGACUUCCAUGAUUGAUGGGUAUGGAAAGAAUGGGGAACCCAAUGAAGUUAUUGAAUUGUUUAGUAAAUUGCAAGCAGAGAAUCAAAUAAAACCCAAUUAUGUUACGUUCUUGUGUGUUAUAUCAGCAUGUGGAUAUGCUGGAUUAGUAGAAAAAGGUUGGGAGAUCUUUCGAAGCAUGGAAAGGGACUACUCGUUAAAGCCUCGGAUGGAGCACUACGCUUGCAUGGUAGAUCUUUUGGGGCGUUCCGGAAAUUUAGAGCAAGCAUGGGAAUUUGUAAUGAGAAUGCCAGAAAAACCUAAUUCAGAUGUUUGGGCUGCUUUCCUCGGUUCAUGUAAAUUGCAUGGUGAAGUAAAGAUGGCAAGUAGAGCGGCAGAUGAACUUUUUAAAUUGUGUGCUGAUGGGCGGCCCGGCUCAUACAUUGCCCUUUCAGAUGCUCUGGCGGCUGCUGGAAAGUGGGACUCUGUAAAUGAAGUUAGGGAACUGAUGAAAUGGAGAGGAAUUUCAAAAGAUACGGGCUCCAGUUGGACAGGAACAGAUAACGGACUAAAUCAUUUUCAUGCCGGUGAUCUAAAUUAAAGGGGCAACCACAUACUCAAGAAAACAAGCAUUGCUCAGUGACAAGUGUAUGUUACUUGGAGUGCUCUUCGUUUACCUUGGCUACCCAUUUAAGGUCCUGAAUACUCCAAUAUGGUUUACAUGAUCUUUCAAGUUUGGACCAAAACCAUGGAAUUUAUUUAUGUACAGCUGAGUCUAAUACUUGAACUCUUACAAAUGUUUGAACACUAACCCAAGUCUGAGUGUCACAGGGUCAACUAUGCAUACAACUUUGCCAAAUAUCAUUCUGAAUAAUUGCAGACUGCAGUAUUAGUACCUUUAUUUGUAGAAUGUCGAAGAAAAGAUAUUUACAGGUUCUCUUUUCAAGGGUCCACACAGCGUGCAAGGGUACAAGGAAGUUUUAGAUUGUGCUAGUCUUGUUGCUUCUAUGAAGCUAAGGAACAGCCGAAGACAAACAGUGAUUCUGCUAAAUGGUUCUGCACAAUCCUAAUCUACUUCCUCCACCUGCAUCUGUGUGAGUAUGAGUCCAAAGGCACAAUAUUUUCUGGAUUCGAAAGUGGUGCAUUGUGUGGAUGAAUUGGUAGUAUGUAGUGCUGUGGCAAGAAGAAAAAUAUUCUACUGUCAGGAAGAUGUCAGCUGCCUAAACGUGGAGCUGACCUGGUAAUGGUCUUGUCGAAGUAAAUAUGAAUUUGGUUUUGUUAUUCGGGCACAUCAAUGGCGAGUGUUUGGUCAUGUGUUCAAGUGAGCGAAACGUGGGAGUCUUAAGUGUGCUAAAGCGGGAGCUGUUUUCAUCAGGAUGAAGUGUACAGUCGGGUUCAGGGUUCCGCCUAUGGUUAUAGACUUUAAUAAGCUCCUUACUGUUAUUUUUUCCAAUGAUGGUGGUCUUAGUUUCUUCCAUUUGAUUGUAGGCGACAUUUUUACAGUUGGGAUUUUGGGCGGAGGGAGGGGGAAUAAAGUCGCCCAUCUAUUUUCAAUCAUGAGAGCUAAGUCUGCUCCUUUGCGUAACAAUUUUUUUUAUGUCAUGGGACUUUCAUUUUCAUCCAACUUCAUGGUAUCCCACACGUGAAUGUCCCUUACGUUUUACUCCCUCCGUUUCCUAAAGAUCUUCCCUCUUUCCGUUUAAGGGUGUUUUCAAAAGAUCUUCCCUCUUUUGCUUUAUUCCUUAUUUGGCAAAACAAAUUUUCCUAUUUACUCUCUCAUGUCACUAUCAUAUGGUCAACCAUUACAUUAUUAAUUCAAUUUUACUCUUUUUCUCUCUCCUACUUUAACCCCUUUUUAUUUGUUUAUUUAUUUUAACCCAUUUCUCUCUCCUACUUUACUCAAACUUGAUUUUCCUUGGUAUCUGUAGGAAUAGUAAGUGGGAAGAUCUUUAGGAAACGGAGGGAGUAUCUUGCAAUGGAUCAAACAAUUGAAGUAGUGCUAAGGCUGCUCCCAAGAACUAGAACAAAUCCGGAGACAUUAGAAUCGAGACAAGGUUGCGGAUGUAUUAGCUAUGAAUUGUCGUUAUGUGGAUAAUAGAAGUAAUGUAAUUAGGAUUUUCCCCCACCCCUCUAGUUACUGUAUGGGUAAUUUAAUCUUGGAUGUAAGACGCUAUUUAAUUUCGUAAUUUAAGUGGGCUUCGUUUUCUAAAAAAAAAAGAAUAGAGACAAGGAGACAAAACUAUAGUAAAGAACAUCAAACGCAUGGUAUUCAUCAUAAAGCUAUAGAAAAUCAAUGCAACACGACUGAUACAUACAACUGAUGAGCUUAAAAUGAAACGUUGACACUCGACUCAUCCACACAUAUGGCAUACUUAUUUUUCUCCAUCCAUAAAGCUUAUUGAUACAGGUACAUCGUACAAAAUACUAAUGGGAUACACAACAAUUUAACCAUGCGAUAGCUCGUUUGCAAGGGCCAUACCAUCUGGCAUUGUAGCUGAAUAAAAUUUAAGUCCAUCCAAGUUAGGCGGCACCUUACCACCAGUUCCAAAGAUGAGGCCAAGCAAUGCACCCGUUGCUACAGCAAAGAGCACACCGGUCAAAGCGCCUGCCACAAACCCAGCCA